AUGCAAAAAGACGUCUUACAUGACUCCUACCCGCCGUUCCAACAUGUAAGCGCUCGCGCACGGCCUCUGCAGCAGGCAAACGUGCCUAGAGGACGCAAGACGACCGUUGAAGGAACGACUUGGCCUCGAGGCAAAACAUUAUUGAGACGAAUGCACAAGCUGCAAUCGUUUAUGCAGCCGACCUCUUCUGCAACGGCGCUGCUUCUGCUCUGUUGCCGCCGCCGCUGCGGUGCAGCAAAAGAGAAACAAAAGGUCGAUACGAGACGGAAGUAA